UUUCCUCCACGCCGCCGGGAGCCAUCGGAAAGGCGAGGCGAGCCCAGGGUCUGGCCGCCGAUCGGGGAUCGGGAGCUUUUUUAUUUUUUUCCCCUCCUUCUUCCCUGCUCUCUUUCUUUGCCUCCGUCUUCUUGUUGCAUGCAAGAAAAUUACAGUCCGCUGCCUGCCCGCCCUGGUGCGAGAUUUUCAGCAGCCUCGCUCUCCCUCCGCCCCUCCAUCCACCCUGUGCAUUGUGCAACCCAGAGAUGAAAGACCGAAGGGGAGAAAGUUAAAGAAAUCGCCCACAUGCGCUGGAUCAGCCCGCGGCUUGGGGAACGGCGACCAGAGAAGGUGCGAGCGCAGAGUUUGAAGUCUUUGCAGGCGGGAAGAUGGCGGACUGGAGCUGAAAGUGUAGCCCGGGAAACUUGGGGGACCCUUGUGUUUAUUUACAAUCCUCUUGACCCAGGCAGGACACAUGCAGGCCAAAAAACGCUAUUUCAUCCUGCUCUCUGCCGGCUCUUGUCUCGCCCUUUUGUUUUAUUUCGGAGGCUUGCAGUUUAGGGCAUCGCGGAGCCACAGCCGGAGAGACGAGCACAGCGGUCGCGAUGGCUUGCACCAGCCCAGCCCGGAUCGGUUUUGGCCCCGCUUCCCGGACGCGCUGCGCCCCUACUUUCCCUGGGAGCAGUCGGAGAACCAGGACUCCAGGGUGCACAUGUCCCCCCGGCAGAAGCGAGACGCCAACUCCAGCAUCUACAAAGGCAAGAAGUGCCGCAUGGAAUCCUGCUUCGAUUUCACCCUUUGCAAGAAAAACGGCUUCAAAGUGUACGUCUACCCGCAGCAGAAAGGGGAGAAGAUCGCCGAAAGUUACCAAAACAUUCUAGUGGCCAUCGAGGGCUCCAGGUACUACACCUCGGACCCCAGCCAGGCGUGCCUCUUUGUCCUGAGUCUGGAUACUUUAGACAGAGACCAGCUGUCACCUCAGUAUGUGCACAAUUUGAGAUCUAAAGUGCAGAGUCUCCAUUUGUGGAACAAUGGUAGGAAUCAUUUAAUUUUUAAUUUAUAUUCCGGCACUUGGCCUGACUACACUGAGGACGUGGGGUUUGACAUCGGCCAGGCAAUGCUGGCCAAAGCCAGCAUCAGUACUGAAAACUUCCGACCCAACUUUGAUGUUUCUAUUCCCCUCUUUUCUAAGGAUCAUCCCAGGACAGGAGGGGAGAGGGGGUUUUUGAAGUUUAACACCAUCCCUCCUCUCAGGAAGUACAUGCUGGUAUUCAAGGGGAAGCGGUACCUGACAGGGAUAGGGUCAGACACCAGGAAUGCCUUAUAUCACGUCCACAAUGGGGAGGACGUCUUGCUCCUCACCACCUGCAAGCAUGGCAAAGACUGGCAGAAGCACAAGGAUUCUCGCUGUGACAGAGACAACACCGAGUUUGAGAAGUAUGAUUAUCGGGAAAUGCUGCACAAUGCCACUUUCUGUCUGGUUCCGCGCGGGCGCAGGCUGGGCUCCUUCAGAUUCCUGGAGGCUUUGCAGGCUGCCUGCGUCCCUGUGAUGCUCAGCAAUGGAUGGGAGCUGCCGUUCUCUGAAGUGAUUAAUUGGAACCAAGCUGCCGUCAUAGGCGAUGAGAGAUUGUUAUUACAGAUUCCUUCUACAAUCAGGUCUAUUCAUCAGGAUAAAAUCCUAGCACUUAGACAGCAGACACAAUUCUUGUGGGAGGCUUAUUUUUCUUCAGUUGAGAAGAUUGUAUUAACUACACUAGAGAUUAUUCAGGACAGAAUAUUCAAGCACAUAUCACGUAACAGUUUAAUAUGGAACAAACAUCCUGGAGGACUGUUCGUACUACCACAGUAUUCAUCGUAUCUGGGAGAUUUUCCUUACUACUAUGCUAAUUUAGGUUUAAAGCCCCCCUCCAAAUUCACUGCAGUCAUCCAUGCGGUCACCCCCCUUGUCUCUCAGUCCCAGCCAGUGUUGAAGCUGCUCGUAGCUGCAGCCAAGUCUCAGUACUGCGCCCAGAUCAUAGUCCUCUGGAAUUGUGACAAGCCCCUCCCAGCCAAACACCGCUGGCCUGCCACUGCCGUGCCUGUCAUCGUCAUUGAAGGAGAGAGCAAGGUGAUGAGCAGCCGCUUCCUGCCCUAUGACAACAUCGUCACAGACGCUGUGCUCAGCCUGGACGAGGACACUGUGCUUUCAACGACCGAGGUGGAUUUCGCCUUCACCGUGUGGCAGAGCUUCCCCGAGAGGAUCGUAGGGUACCCUGCGCGGAGCCACUUCUGGGAUAACUCCAAGGAGCGCUGGGGCUACACGUCCAAGUGGACAAACGACUACUCCAUGGUGUUGACAGGAGCUGCUAUUUACCACAAAUAUUAUCACUACCUGUACACCCAUUACCUACCAGCCAGCCUGAAGACCAUGGUGGACCAGCUGGCCAAUUGUGAGGACAUUCUCAUGAACUUCCUGGUGUCUGCCGUGACAAAGUUGCCUCCAAUCAAAGUGACCCAGAAGAAGCAGUAUAAGGAGACAAUGAUGGGACAGACCUCUCGGGCUUCCCGCUGGGCUGACCCCGACCACUUUGCCCAGAGACAGAGCUGCAUGAACACAUUUGCCAGCUGGUUUGGCUACAUGCCGCUGAUCCACUCUCAGAUGCGGCUGGACCCCGUGCUCUUCAAAGACCAGGUCUCCAUCCUGAGGAAGAAAUACCGAGACAUUGAGCGGCUUUGAGGCGUCUGGCUGAGUGGGGUUGGGGAAGCGAGGAGGGACAGGGGUCUAGCUGCUCUCUCUCUUCCCGUGCAGAUCCGCUCAUCAGCGGAGCCAGAUUGUGCCAAGUAUCCAAAUAAACUUAGAGAAACACAACGACAAAACAAAAAACGGCCAAUGAGAACUCGACUCCUGGCCCCCGGGACUGCAUCGGACUUCUCCAACUCACCUCUGGCUUCUGGGUCCCAAGACUAGGUUGUGUACAGUUUAAUUAUGGAACAUUAAAUAAUUAUUUUUGAAAUGAUUGCUAUGCAGGUUUAAACUUUUUUAAUGAUCAAAACUAUUAAAAACCAGAGUUCUUUCUUUAAUCAAAAUGGUGUUGGUCGUGAGUGUUUCAAAGCUGCUGCUCCUCUUCCCACAGAUUUCAUUGCCAUCGGUCACGCAGGGUUUCCUGUCACGACAAAAGCUCAGACUUCAUGGUAAACACAAUAAGUCCCUCCGGCCGGUGUCAAGAAAUAGCUGAGCGUACGUUAAGACAAGUCCUCUGUCCCACCCUGCCAGUCCAGUUGCUUUCCAAUCUGAAUUUUUUAAUCCACUUGAACUUUUUAUCUCUAAAAUGUUGCUGCAUGAGAGAAAGUAUUAUGACUUCCAGGUAGGCAGCUCUAGUUGAAAACUUUGUGUUUGAGAUAUAGAAGUAUGGUAAUCUUUUUUCAUUGGGGGCUGGGGGGAUUAGUACCAAGAAAACACUAGCAUAAUUAAGAAGCUCAUAUUCGGUUUCCACAAAGAGCCAUCAGCUGUCCCACCAAUGUUUUCAGUGGCUGGAGAAGUUGACCUACAGUGGUAACCCAGUGCUUAGAUAAAAGACAGAUCCAGCCCACUGACGUAUGUCUGAUUAGGAAAAGGUUUUGACUUAGAGACCAACUGAAAAUGGAUAUUUUGGAGGAAACAUUAUAAGAUGAGCUCUUUACUGUUCAUGGAGACCUCAAAUUUUGGAAGCGUCUUUGCCGAGAAAGAAGUCAUAAUGUAUAAAUUCACACCACUGAACAAGAGAAUUGCUGUGAAAUAUCUCAGCAUGUCCCUCCUGGUGAGGACUCGCAUAUCAUUUUUGGUAAAAUACUGUUUUAAGCAAGAAUUGGGUAAAAGAAAAGAAGCAAAUGGGAAUACUUUUAAAUUUUAUUUUAAUUUUUAAAUAUGUAGAGAAGAUUAGUUGUGUUUCUUGUUGGGAAGAACAUUUUUAUUCCUACAAAUGCCACCCGGAGCUUAUAGUGGUUGUGAAACUGCAAGAAAACCACAUAGAAACCCCACAGACCCUAUCACUUGGCUCCAUUGUUUAAAAAAUAUAUAUAAUAAUGGAGACUUCUGGUAUUAAAUGCUUUCUUCUACUUGGAAGAGGCAAGAGAAGAGGGACUAGAAAGAUUAUUAGACCUCACCUGUUAUGCAGAAUAAACAAUAAGCACUUUUCGUCUCUCUCUUCCCCCAAACUCUCAUACAUUUAUUUCUAGUUUUGUUUUCAAAGAACAAGAGCUGAUCGGAGUUAUGUUCCAAUAACUUUCAAGCCACUGGCCGAGGUCAGUGGAAACCAUCAGCUUAGUAGACUCUAACUCAUCCUUCCUGUGUAGACAUCUGGGAGCAAAAGAGGACCUUGCACUGCUAGCUGGGAGGGGCUGCUGUAAUUAGGAGUAAAAAGCAGUGUUCACAGAGGCUGGGAGAGAUGGUUCCCUGGGCAGUGGGCAGCAGAGCGAGGACGGGAGACCACGAGUCCUGAUGCUGUGUUGUGAGAGCUGUGUACAAAGUGCAGUGCCAUUAAAAAGCAGCUCUUGUGUAGCAUGUGAUCAGAGCAGUUCCCUAAGUGUCUGUCAUCCGCUUUGGCUCCUCCUCUGCCCACACCCUCAGGCGUGUGGCGUUGUCCGCUAAGUAGAUGUGAUAUUCUCUUAGGUAUUUGUUGAAAAAUAACUUGUAGGUCCUGACACUUGCACUUGUGUUUUUCUAUAAAAUGCCCCCAAAAGUUUCAUGUCACUUAAAUUGCACUUCUCAGCGUGAUAAAAGGUUAACAAUCCUAUUCACCUGCCCUUUGCCAAUUUGUAUUUAUUUGCAGAGCUGGAGUAUUGGCCUGAUGUCUUUCUCCUUCACAGAAAUGAAUGCAGUGUUUGCCUUCACGAUCCCAAGCCAACCUGAAACUUGUCAGCUUGGCUUGUGAAACAGAGUCCCUGGCUGUACCAGUCAGUCCCACGAGUGGCUGUCAGGAUAGAUUUCCCUGUCAAAGCCCUAGGGCAGAGUGUCCCCACAAACAAUGUGUUAUAUGAAAAAAUAUGGUAACUAUAAAUGAGAUCUGGAUCUGACUCACUUUUUCUCUACUUUAAAUCUCCAUGAUUUCAUUGUGUGUCUCUCUCUGAGUGCAUCUCUUUGGCAUGCUGGCAUUGUGUUCUUUUUGUGCAUUUGGAAUACAUAGCUGGGAAUUGAACGACCUAAGCAAAUCACUGAGGCCCAACAGUAAGAUGUGAUUUUAAUUUUCUUAGGAAAGAGUUGUAUAUCAUAUUGCAGUAGGUUUGAUGAGUCAUGUCUAUUGCCGUAGGGUGUCAGGAGUUAUUGCAUGGCCAACUUUAGGG